AUGAGUAAAGGCAACACACCGUCGGAAGAUGUAGGCUUUUCACGUGUACCUGGUCUUCACAAGUUCGAGAAAGAUUCUAAACGCCAUGUUGAGACCCCAAAAAAACAUAGGCCAAACACGCUGAAUUUUACAUCUUUAAUACUUGGAGGUCGGGGAAACAGUUUGAAUCAAAGGCAUACCAAAUACUCAAGUGUUUCACCUGCAUGUAAUUACUUACAAAGUUCAGACGUCUGCCCUCCUCCAGUUACUCCCGUCACUCUGUCCACAUGUGCAACAAAAAGACCAAGUUUCCUGCCAAUACCUUCACAAGGAAGUAGUUCUUCGAAUUUUCAUCCUGAUGUUCAUCAACACAGUGGUCCAUUCUUUUCCGGACAAAGUAAAAGAAUCACACCUACAGUUAAGUAUACAUCUCUUUUAAGUGUCAAGAGUGGUCGCCUUAUCCGCCCAAACAUGGUAGGAUCGUUAAAUCUUAAAAAUGAUUGGUGUUUUCAAGUCUGUCACUCCUUUGUGAGACAUCGCCGACUGUCCCAUUGUUAUCGCGCUAACACUAGAAAAUUUAUUAAGUGGUCGCCAUCUAACAUUCAGUUGUGCAGUUUCCCAUGUUUUAAUAAACGGCGUAUUAUUCAUAAACGAUUCUUCAUCCCAAAAUAUUCUAUUUGUUGGGAUCAUCAAGAGAAUAUCUUCAAUCAAUGCUCAUGUAUUCCUGUUUACCAUGGUCUGCGUGUGCAUCAAACUUUAUCUAGUUUAUCCUUAGUUCACAGAUGUCAUUUAUACUCUCGUUGUAAAAAUACAAGGUGUACAUGUGCUAAAGUUUGGAACAGACCUAUUCACUUAUGCGUCAAAGACAGUGGACAAAUAAAUAAAUCUGUUGCCAAUCGAAAUUUUGGUGAAGCCAUUGGAAGUCCAGUGUUUGAUUCACAUAAAUUACAUGACGUUCAUGACGUACUAAUAAAAUCAAGCAGAAAGCUCAGUGGAACUAUUGAUUGUGAAACUGAGAAAAGUAUAUCACCCACUACUAUACAAAACACGACCAAUGGAUUCACCAUACCUAUUGAUAUUAGUAAUGCAAACAGAGGUUAUCAGUUACGCAUUGACCCUUUGCUAACAAGGACCUGUGUGAAUGAAGACUAUCCUAGCAGUGAACAGCUACAGCUUUUAGCGAAAUCAACACAAAGCGAAACUAUUUCUAAUGAAGAAGAAAUAUGGCCUCCUCUUGUUGUGAGUAUUCAUCCAGAAUUAGUCCUUCAAUAUAAUCCUCCUGUUGGACUUCUGGUAUCACUUCUUGAAAACAAAUCUGCCUGUGAUAAGGAUGCUAGUCAGUCACAUAUUGAUUUCGCCCACGAUAUCUCACAUCCAGUGGAUUCAGAUGUGCCCAUGGUACCGGUGACAAAGUCAGAAUGCCCUACUCAGUUGAAUAGCAUACCACCCGGUAUAACAUUAGCUCUCACUCGAAAUUUGCACAUACAUGUUCAUCCAACUGAUUUGAAAUGUUGCUUAAAACUAUCAGCCUGGUGUUUUGCAUCGAGAGGAUUUUAUCAAUAUGGACAAGAGGAAAUUGUAAUUUUGUUACGUAGACGUCCCAAUGAGAGAUUGCCACCACUCGAUAUAUUUUACCAAUAUUGGCUUAUCUACCAAGCCCUAUUGAGUCGCGCUGAGAAAGAAAUUAAAAGUGAUGUCAGUUUUGAAUUAUUUAGUUCUGCAACCUACAACAAGCCUUUUGGUUCGGCUCCAUUUCGUUCACAUGACUGCUUCUUUGAGAAGCUUUAUUUCGCCAAUGGUCGUUGUUCUAACUCAACAGAAACGACUUCAUUCAAUGUGAAUAAUAACGGUCGACCGUUUUCUAAAAUAUCGUCCAAUAUUGAUGACUGCAACAACAACCCUUAUGGAUUUGUAUUUUUCCAUCCAACUCAUCAAUGCUUAUUAGGAUUACAUAUACCGGACCCACCUUUUUUAAUAGCUCUACUAGUGCAUAUCCAAGAGGCACCUUGGGCAUAUCGGUUACCCAGUAGAAUCUUAUUAAAUCUUGGCAAAGUAUCACAUUAUUAUCCAACUACCUUGUUAUCUGACCGUGAUCGUGAGAUCCUAUUUAAUUGUAAAGUGGAUGGAGCAAGUUUUCUACAACUGUUCACUAAUAUAACACCGUUCAUUUAUCCAGAUUUUAUGACAACUUUACCGAAGCAGAAACCUGUGCUAAUGCCGGAAUUAUUGCUUCAUAUAAAUGGAUUCUUUGCGCAUUUGAAUAUGAUCAAAGAUGACCGGAGCAGUGGAGAUACUAAGAGUUCUAAUAUUACAGAAGAAGUAAUUCUAGAGCUCUUGGUUCCUUUAUCUUCACGUGCUGUUUUGAUGAGGUUUCUGGACACUGUUCUCAUGGAAUCGAUGACUUUUGCACUGUCGGCUGACUGUAACCCUUUAUCUGAUUCCCACUUGGUAUGUUCGCAAUCACAAAAAAAUUAUACAAUGUCUAUGAAAAGUCACACCGAUUUGGAUUCGUCAAACGAUAAUGCUAAUGAAAAAACAGCCUCCAGUUUAAACUACUUCAUCGAUUCAGACUGUUCCAAAAGUUUCGACACAGGUGCUAUAUCAAUUGAAAAUACAAAACCAAAGGUUACUGGUGUGAGUUUUGUAGCAUUCUCUGGUCGUGCUUCAUGUUGUAGUGCUGUAAUUGUUGAAGAUGGUGUAUACAUUACUCUAACAGAUUCGAAAUAUCGCCAGUUAAUUAACGGUUUGAAGACUGGCUCUGAUUUAUCAAUUGAAAUCCAGAGUGACAACCAGUCAACAGUAAUGGAACAUAUUUGUUCCGACCACACAGGUAAUAUUGACAGCUCAGUCACCAGGGAUCAAAAUGUCGCCUCUUCGAUUCACAUUAAAUGGUUCAAAGUCUUUGAUUCAUUCUUAUCAAGUGCUUCAUUUAGUGGUUCAGUUACCUCUCCUAAUUACCCCAGUUCCGUUAGUGUGUCGGAUUUACAGCCUAUUAAUACAUUCCUAGUACCAUUGCAUUAUCAACUAUACCAUUGGAUGUAUCUAGAUGAGAAUAACCUUUCAAAUGGCGUGGAUCGAUUUUCAAGUUUGUCUACUGUAGGAUCACCUCACUUACGGUUGGCAUGGAUCCGAUUUCAUAUAUUCAAUGUGCCAGAAAUAGAAAUUAUUUGCGCACGUUUGCAAAAACCAUUGACAAUUGGGCAUUUAGCUGACGAGGUAGCUCAGUGCGUAACUAAGGCUAUCGAACCAUAUCUUAUUCAUCUCCGAAGUGAUGGUCGUACACAAAUCACUUUGCACAUAGAGUUACAGUCGCCAGAUCAGGUGGGUUAUCGAAUGAGUGCAUCAUGUCACGAGGCAUAUACAUUGCAAAAUCAGUUACGACCGAAUGAUGAUUCUAAAAAUUUUUCCUAUCAGAGCAAGGGACAUAGUGAUGAAAUGUAUGCUGAUGCUUUGGAUGAUUUCCUACUGCCUGUAUUGUCAUCUUGGAUCAAUCGCUUGAAAAUUUCCAACCCGGAUAAAGUAAAUCGACUACACUCUCCGGUGUCUCCGGAUGAUUCUCGUCAUGGAGAAGAAAUAAUUCAAAUGGAAUUCGACUUAUGCAUUUUAGAUUGA